ACGUUAACUUGACUUUUUUUCGAUGAUUUAUUAAAUGGCGUUUUGACAAAAUAAAUUUACGCAGUUUAAAUAAAAGUAAAUAAAACAUAAAUGAGAUACACGUAUCCAUAUUUCCUCAAUUUACGAUCUAUUAGUUGCAGAAGUAUAAGUGUAAAAAAUGGCGGAAUCAAAUGCGAACGUAUCACAAAUUGAAGGAACCUUAUCUAUGGAAGCUCCUCAUCCUAAUGCUGAAGUUAUAAGGGGACAAGUUUUUGAAGUGGGUCCCAGAUAUACUAAGCUGGCCUAUAUCGGCGAAGGUGCUUAUGGCAUGGUUGUGUCUGCUGAUGACACAAUAACUAACCAAAGGGUUGCAAUAAAAAAAAUAUCACCUUUUGAACACCAAACUUAUUGCCAAAGAACUCUCAGAGAAAUAACUAUAUUGACAAGAUUUAAACAUGAAAACAUAAUUGAUAUCCGAGACAUUCUGCGAGUUGAGAGCAUAGACCAAAUGAGAGAUGUUUAUAUUGUUCAGUGUUUAAUGGAGACUGAUUUAUAUAAACUACUUAAAACACAGAGGCUGAGUAAUGAUCACAUCUGUUACUUUUUAUACCAAAUAUUGCGCGGAUUAAAAUAUAUACACUCAGCAAACGUCUUACAUCGGGACUUAAAGCCAAGCAAUCUUCUGUUGAAUAAAACAUGCGAUUUAAAAAUUUGUGACUUCGGGUUGGCGAGAAUUGCAGAUCCUGAGCACGAUCAUACUGGAUUUCUAACAGAAUACGUUGCUACUCGUUGGUAUAGGGCGCCCGAAAUUAUGCUGAAUUCAAAGGGAUACACAAAAUCUAUUGAUAUAUGGUCUGUUGGGUGCAUUUUGGCGGAAAUGUUAAGUAACCGACCAAUAUUCCCUGGAAAACACUAUUUGGAUCAACUUAAUCAUAUUCUUGGCGUAUUGGGUUCACCAUCUCGGGAAGACUUGGAGUGUAUUAUAAACGAAAAGGCACGAAACUAUUUGGAGUCCUUGCCGUUUAAGCCUAAUGUUCCCUGGUCAAGACUUUUCCCAAAUGCUGAUGCCUUAGCUUUAGAUCUUCUUGGAAAAAUGCUUACAUUCAACCCGCACAAACGGAUUCCUGUGGAGGAAGCUCUAGCACACCCUUAUUUGGAGCAGUAUUAUGAUCCUGGAGAUGAGCCUGUCGCUGAAGUCCCAUUUCGGAUCAAUAUGGAAAACGAUGAUAUAUCUCGAGAUGCCUUAAAGUCAUUGAUUUUCGAAGAAACUUUAAAGUUUAAGGAACAACAACCAGAAAACGAUCUAUAAAGGUUAAAAGUGUUUAGCCAAUACACCUGAUCCAUUAUUGAAAACGUUAUUUUAAGAUCAUGUUCUUUACGUAUUUUUGACAUUGUAAGGUUGUCAAUCAUUUUUAGAUUUGGCUAUCACAUACAUAAGGUCGCAUUGGCUUGGGAAAUCCACUACAUUAAACAUGCCGAAUAAACCAAUGCAAAAUCAGACUCUUUAUAAUAAUUUUCGUUGUAUUGUAAACGCAGAUAUUUCCUAUUAUGCACAUUUUAUAGUAAAUCAAUAUAUAUGCCCGUACCAACUAUGGCAGUACUAUUAUAAAUGUGAAAUAGUUCUUUUUUCUUUUUCUUUAUAAUAAAAAUGUUUAAAAUUAUGCGGGAAACCUGAAUAAAACUUUCGAAACAAUUUAUAAAAUGUUUAAAUACAAAAUAUUAAGGUUAGCAGGUGUAAACGAUAAGUAUACUAUUAGUAAAAAAGUUUAUUUUAUUAAGUACAAGGCCAACCAAAAUGCUAUCCAAAAUAUUAAAAAUAUCCAUUUAUGAACACCUAUAAAUAUAAAAAGAUGUUUAGUUUUAAUCUAAUCAAACUUUUUAACUAUACUUUUUCUAAGAUGACUACAAUAUUUUUAAAACAAUAUAGAAAAUACCAUAACUGUUUUUGUAGUGAGUCGUGACAGUUUGUUAAAAAAAUGUUACAUUGCUAAGAGAAGGUUAUAUAAAGCUCUGCACAUUGAGCGAAUUAACAACAGAAAUCAAAAUUGGUUCAAGAAAUUUUCUUAAAACUAAGAAAAAACAUGUUUUUAAACAAUUUUCAAAACACAUUUGUAAAAUUUUGAGUUAAGAGCUAGUAAUUGGAAAAUUUAUCAUAAACAACAUAUGUAGGCAUUAAUUAUUGUAAUACAAAUAAAGUCAAAAGCCAUUUCCAGUAA